UGCCGCCAUUAAAAACCCACACACCGCGAUGUUUCUCCCAAAUCUACCCGGUUUUCUGACAUGAUCCCGGGCUCCGACACGCCUCACCCGGCCCCGGAACCGACCCACGAAGGUUUCACGUCUCCACGGACCCAAAACAUGUGAGGACCCGCAGCGAGACCCAGGGACAGCGGGUAACGGCAGAGCGCGCAGCCGGAGAGAGGAGCAGCUGCCUCGGCUUGGCUUCACACGGACCCCCGCUCUCGGCUUGUGGAGCUUUUCGGGAACUCUCGCGAAAUGACGGACCCAAAGCCUUCCUCCAUGUCGGACCAGAGGGUAAAGUGGUCCUGCGAUUACUGCACGUACGAAAACUGGCCCUCCGCUAUCAAAUGCACCAUGUGUCGAGCGCCGCGACCGACGCCGAUCAUCCAAGAAGACCCCUUCAAAACCGGACCAGAUCUGGACUCGGACCUCUCCAGAACCGAGACCGGCGGCACCAGCGGCCUCCUCAUUUGCCCCGACUCCAGCGCUCGACCUAGAGUUCCUUCAAGCGGCGCUAACGAAAACGCUAGCAAGUGGUCCUGCCAGAUGUGUACCUAUUUGAACUGGCCUCGAGCGAUACGGUGCACGCAGUGUUUGUGCCAGCGUCCGAAAUCUAUAACCCCGACCGAAUCCGCGCAGAUCUCUCCUAGCUUGCGUUCCGGUUCGCACUCGCCAGUCGAAGAGUAUAACGAUAGAAAUAGGUUAAACACGCAAUGGACUUGUUCGGCUUGCAUGUAUCAAAACUGGGCGAAAUCUGCCAAAUGCGUAGUGUGCGACGGCCCGAAACAUCAAGAAGCGAUGAUAGAAAGAGCGAGCAUCGACGAUCAGAUUAUAAACGAAGAGGAGAGGAGCCAGAGGAGGAGAGCAGGGGGAGGAGGAGGCAGCGCGGCCCAGAGAAGAUCCCCGCCGCUGGGUCGAUCGGAGGGGAGGAUAGAGUUAGCGGCCGCGGCUACGAGCGCUAACGAGGAGCAGGAAGUGGAUCAGAAGAAACUAAAACAAAUCCGGAACAGGAUGAAGAAGAGGGACUGGCUGUUUCUGAACGCCUGCGCUGGUGUAGUGGAUGGAGACCUGGCUGCUGUGGAGGCGUUUAAAGCUUCAGGGGGGGACAUUUCUCGGCAGCUCUCCGCAGACGAGGUGCAGGUGCUGAGCCGAUCCUCCGCCUUUGACGUCGGAUUCACCCUGGUGCAUUUGGCUAUUCGCUUCCAGAGACAAGACAUGCUCUCCCUCCUGCUCUCUGAGGUGAGCCAGCAGAGGGCGAAGUUCAUCCCGUCUUUAGUGUGUCCGGAGCUCACAGACCAGAUCCGCAGAGAGAUCUCGUCCUCUUUGUAUCAGAGGAAGGACCCGGCGUGCUCCUGCCUCUCCGAACUGCACACCUUCACUCUGCCCGCAGAAAUCGAGGACCUACCGCCCGCCGUUCAGGAAAAGCUUUUUGAUGAAGUUUUGGAUCGAGACGUACAGAAAGAGCUGGAAGAGUCUUUGGUGAUAAACUGGUCUCUGGAGCUGGUCUCCGGUCUGGACUCGCGGCUCUACGCUCUGUGGAAUCGCUCGGCGGGAGACUGUCUGCUGGACUCGGUGCUGCAGGCCUCGUGGGGGGUGUGCGAUACCGACUCUGUCCUGAGGAGGGCGCUGCACCAGAGCCUCAACCACUGCUCCCACUGGUUCUAUUCCCGGUGGAAGGAGUGGGAGUCGUGGUACGCGCAGAGCUGUGGGCUGCACUUUUCACUCAGAGAGGAGCAGUGGAGGGAGGACUGGGCCUUUAUACUCAGUCUGGCCAGUCAGCCCGGAGCGUCCCUGGAGCAGACGCACAUCUUCGUCCUCUGUCACAUCCUGCGUCGUCCCAUCAUCGUUUACGGAGUCAAGUACUACAAGAGCUUCAGAGGAGAGACGCUCGGAUACACCAGGUUUCAAGGCGUGUACCUGCCGUUGUUGUGGGAGCAGAGCUUUUGCUGGAAGAGCCCCAUCGCUCUGGGCUACACCCGCGGGCACUUCUCUGCGCUGGUUUCCAUGGAGACGGACGGGUACGAUAACCGGGGCGCCGGGGCCAACCUGAACUCUGACGACAGCACGGUUACUCUGCUCCCACUGGUCGACAGCGAGAGGAAGCUGCUGCCCGUGCACUUCCUGUCUGCUCAAGAGAUGGGCACGGAGGAGCAGCAGGAGCGCCUCUUGCGUUCCUGGUUGGACUGUUGCGUCACGGAGGGCGGGACUUUAGCCGCGAUGCAGAAGAGCAAGCGGAGCCACCCACUGGUCACUCAGAUGAUUGACAGGUGGCUGGACCGCUACCGCCACAUGAGGGACUGUGGAUUUGACGAAGAGGAGGACGAGUAAACGCGAAAAACACAAACUUUAUUACAAACUGGAACAAAACAAGAUUUCUGCAAAACCUUUAAAGUGUGACGAUGCAUGCGAGUGUGAAGUUAACCAGCAGAAAAUACAGGUUUAAAAUCCAGAAAAAAAAGCACAUGUGAAUCUGUAAAGUGGCUGUUUCCAUGACGAUUGAUGGAAAAAAUUAACAAAAAUUAAUUCACAUAUUCUUGUAGUUUUCAGUGUAAGAAUUUCUCUCUGGUCAAAUCUAUAAUUACGAGCAAUACAGCAAUAUAUUAUAAAAACAUACUUAGAUCUUUAAAAGGUGCAUUAUGUAACUUUUCUGGUGUGUCUGCCAACUGCUUGUUUCCAUGGAGAUGUUAUUCCUUUGCUCCCAUAUGACAAUUCUCCAUAAAUAUGCAAGAACAUGAUACAAAACUGUACGCAUCUGCAGCUGAUUGUGUUGUGAUAGAGCUCUGAAGGGGGGGGGCUUAGCACAGAGAGCAAAGAGAGGAGAGACUCGGCGUAUUAACAUGUUUUAUAAGUUUCACUUUCGUUUUUGACGCUCUGUUUUCAGCCAAUAUGGCAUUUUCAAAACAAUAGAAGGAAACAUGGUGAUCUAAAUGUUAUGUGUUACAGUUAAUACCCCAGAGAAGUAAAUAUCCCCUUUAAUACCCCGGAGAAGUAAUAUCCCAGAGAAGUAAUACCCUAGAGAAGUAAAUAUCCCCUGUAAUACCCCAGAGAGGUAAUACCCUAGAGAAGUAAGUAUCCCAGAGAAGCAAGUAUCCCCUGUAAUACCCCAGAGAAGUAAAUAUCCCCUGUAAUACCCUAGAGAAGUAAAUAUCCCCUGUAAUACCCUAGAGAAGUAAAUAUCCCCUGUAAUACCCCAGAGAGGUAAUACCCUAGAGAAGUAAGUAUCCCAGAGAAGCAAGUAUCCCCUCUUUAAUACCCCAGAGAAGUAAAUAUCCCCUGUAAUACCCCAGAGAGGUAAUACCCUAGAGAAGUAAGUAUCCCCUGUAAUACCCCAGAGAAGUAAAUAUCCCCUGUAAUACCCCAGAGGAGUAUUCGAGAAGCAAGUAUCCCCUCUUUAAUACCCCAGAGAAGUAAAUAUCCCCUGUAAUACCCUAGAGAAGUAAAUAUCCCCUGUAAUACCCCAGAGGAGUAUUCCAGAGAAGCAAGUAUCCCCUCUUUAAUACCCCAGAGAAGUAAAUAUCCCAGAGAAGCAAGUAUCCCCUCUUUAAUACCCCAGAGAAGCAAGUAUCCCCUCUUUAAUACCCCAAAAUACCACCUCUUUUAAGUUUAAAAUGAACCUUAAAAAUCUAAAAUCUCUACAAAUUCGCCAAAUAUUGUGUGAACAUUUUUCGUGCUUGUACUUUCUGUCGUGUAAACAGCCACUUGUUCACUUCUUUUUGCAAUAACAGCGUCGACAUUAAACCAUAAGCUGCACUAUAGUGGAAUAUAUUUCAUUCAUAUAUUAGAAGAUCUUUGCCAAUGUGUGAAUUUUCAAAGCACCUAUUUUACUUUUCAUUAUUUAUUUGUUUAGGUUUAGGUUUUUUGGAUCCUUUUAAACGUGUUUGGGAGGUAUCUGAUUUUGCACGACGUUAUAGAGUGAGCUUACUGACGUUUUGAAGUGUUUUGGAUGAAGAUCUUAGAAAUAUUAUUAUUAUUAUUAUUGUUAUUAUUAGGAUUAUUACGGGAUGUUGGGAAGAGAAAAACAAACUGUCAAACCUUUGUAUCGAAUGUGGAUUAAAUUUGACUCACCUGA